CCGAUCAAACGCUAUCGAGCGCACGCCUCCCUUUGUUGACGCUGAAAGAAGUAGCGUGACAGCGUUUCUCCGCUGUGCAACCCCCGAUCCUUCGAAAACGAAUCGAGGGAGCGAAAUCGUCCCGAGAGAGCAAGCUGCGCUAAAACGCAACGAAGAGAGAGCGAAAGAAAGUAAGAAGACAGUGGCGGGAACAAAAGUGAAAGAGAAAGAGAGAAAGAACAGAAGAGACAGAGUAAAAGUAGGGAGGGCUGAAUAUACGCAACCACCGUCGCGCGGCGUUGGAUCACGGGGGCGUAAAGAGAGGAAGUGAGAAAACAGAGACAAAAGGAGACGACAGUGGCUCGUGAAACGGAGACAGACGACGAGAGUGAAGGAGAGAAGAGAGCGACGAAGCUUAACGCAUGUGCACAGGGCGCCUCGCGUCGCGGCGCUCUGGUCCCGCCGCCGCCGUUCGGAGGCUGCGAAACCGAGCGGCCAGAAUUCGCGGUUCAGAGUGGUCGCAUCUCUCGUUAGAAGAUACACACCACGCUCUUCGUCGUAGUCGGGCCCGCGAUUUUCCAUGAAAAUUGAGGAACGCGCGGCCUUCUCGACGCUGGCCAACAUAACCGUACCAGCCGACCCGCGUCGUCCCGAUCGUCGACGGAAUGCCGCCUCGAGCUGGCUACAAUCGGUGACGAACGAUUCACGAGUGUCCGUUUCACGAUCGUAUCGCGACCUCGUAGUGCACGUGCGACAUGACCGCCUAGAGGAAGAUUCAGCCUCGCGUGUUCCAUCUGGACGGGUUCAUAGUUAACAGAAACGGAGACAAUCUAUUGCUUUCAACGCGAUCAACGAGGGAAUCUUGAAGAGUUUAAAGGAGACCGUAUAGCGUGGCCUUGACGUCGAGGAGGAUACCGUCGUCAGAUGUUCCCUCGCCGUCGUCAAGCUUCGCGAAAACAAAGCGUCGACGACGGAAGACAAUCGUACGAGCCGGCUGGGUUCGUGACUCGCUAAGCCAAUCGCUUGCUUAUUUUUUAUUGUUAUUCAUCGGCAGACGGCUUAGGUAGCCGCGGGUGGACCAUCAUCUUAUUGUGUCUCUUCACGUUGCUUGUGCCACGACGAUAGAAAAAACGAAUCUAGUGCUAAAAACAGUGUAGACACGAAAGAAGAAAAAAAAACACUUUUCAUCGUUGAAAAGUGUCCGUUCGACGGGUAGGGUUCCGCUUAGCGGAUCCUGGUGAAACGGGUGCCUCGCAGGCUAGAUUGAGAGAAGGGUGAUGGUGAUUGGACUCGCAGAGCCGAGUAAGUUGGCACGAAGGACACAUGUUUGGUGGUGGACGGUGCCGAGCCUUUUUCAUUCGACGGUGAGUGUUCAGAAUCACGCACGGUACGCAGAUACGACGACGAGAUCGCACAAGGAGGUGCCGGCGCGUGGAGGGAAGAACCAGCCACGACGGGGCCCAGCGCCGGGACACGGACAGGGCCCCCGGUGCAGGGAAGAAGCCAGGAAGAAGGGGAAAAGAACGGGGCCAGCGUAGCAGCAACGGCCCUGAAACUACAGGGGUACCUAGUUACCCCCUUGCACAGGGGGGAAACCAGGAGGAGACCUCGCCGACGGAGGCGACGGAAAAAGAAGCGACGGAGGUGCGGCACAACUUCGGUAGCAGGGUGGACAGAGGAACGGAACGUGUCUGGAGCGGCUUGGCGCUUUGAACGAAGGUACCACACCGAAGAAGACGAAGAACUCUGAUUACCAUCUUUCCCCCCCUCGUGUACAAGUUCAAUCUUCGCCCCUCAACCUUAACCCCACAGUUUGAUAACUUACGGUUCUGUAGUGCUCCAGUUUUAUUUUCUGUUCUUUCGAUGAGUCCAGUGUGAUAACCCGAGAUAAAGGGCAAGAAAAAAGAAAUAAUAGAAUUCAACGAUACGCAAGUGAGAUAAUACGGUGAUGGUGGUGUGAUAAUAAAGAGUGUGCGCGCCCGCGUGUUGUCCGAGAGUGUGGGAUUCAAGAUUUACAGAAGGUGAUAUAUAUAUUAUAUAUGUAAAAAUAAUAUAAAUAAUAUAUCCAAAUGUAAGGACAGUGUGCAAGUGUGUCCGUACGCAGAUAGAGUACAAAACAAAACGAGCGAAUAUAUAAAAAGUGAAGAAAGAAACAAUUACUAUAUCCCGGUACAAAGGGAGAAGAAGAAGAAGAAGAGGUGGAGGAGGAGGAGGAAGAGAAAGAGGAAAGUAAAUAGGUGGAGAAGAACUAUCAAAGAUCAAAUACAGAGAGUGAGAGCACGCUAAACGACCGAGGGUGGCAUUAGCAGGUGGGCCAGGUGGGACAAGUAGCAUGAGUUCGUACUUCGCGAAUUCGUACAUCCCGGACCUGCGUAAUGGCGGGGUGGAACACCCGCAUCAGCAUCAGCAGCACUACGGUGCCGCCGUCCAGGUGCCCCAGCAAACGCAGUCGGUUCAACAACAGUCUCAGCAAGCCGGGGACCCAUGCGAUCCCAGCCUCCUGCGUCAAGGAGUACCUGGCCAUCAUUAUGGGGCAGCGGGCACCCAACAAGAUAUGCCUUAUCCGAGGUUUCCGCCGUACAAUCGGAUGGACAUGCGAAACGCGACCUAUUAUCAGCAUCAACAAGAGCACGGUAGCAUGGACGGAAUGGGUGGUUACAGGUCGACGUCCCCCAGCCCUGGUAUGGGCCACAUGGGACACACACCUACUCCGAACGGACAUCCGUCCACUCCUAUUGUCUACGCGAGUUGCAAGCUUCAAGCGGCCGCGGUCGAUCAUCAGGGUAGCGUGCUCGAUGGACCGGACAGCCCGCCUCUCGUCGAGCCCCAGAUGCACCAUCAGAUGCACUCGCAACAUCCUCAUAUGCAGCCUCAGCAAACCCAGCACCAACAGCAACCGCAACAGCAUCAACAUCUUCAGGCACAGCAGCAGCACAUGAUGUAUCAACAGCAACAACAGACGCAAGCGGCGUCGCAGCAAUCGCAGCCAGGCAUACAUCCGCAGCAACAGCCGCAAGCUCAGCAACAUCAAGGGGUGGUCACGUCGCCGCUUAGUCAGCAACAACAGGGCACUCCUCAAGGUGCGGCCAGUGCCAACCUACCGAGCCCGCUCUACCCAUGGAUGAGAAGUCAGUUCGAGAGGAAACGAGGUCGACAAACGUACACCCGAUACCAGACCCUCGAGCUGGAGAAGGAGUUCCAUUUCAACCGAUAUCUCACCAGGCGGCGACGCAUCGAAAUCGCGCACGCGCUCUGUCUGACGGAGCGACAAAUCAAAAUCUGGUUCCAAAACAGACGGAUGAAAUGGAAGAAGGAGAACAAGACGAAGGGUGAACCAGGCUCGGGCGACGGUGACACCGAGAUCUCGCCUCAGACAUCGCCACAGGGUUGAGAGAGUCCCGAGGAGUGGAACUUCCAAAGAGGUCUCAUCUCUCUCAGGGUCGUUAAUACCUUGUUUCCAGCACUACCUCCUCCCCAUAAUACACACCCCCUCACGCCAUGCCACCUCUGCAAUAUCCGAAAACGAGUCCCCACCCAAACCACCCUUGCUCCACAUACAGCAAUGACGCUUAUUUUGUCGUGUUAAUCAAGUUGCUCGUACCAAAAAAAUUGAGAAGACAAAGGAUAACGCGUAGAGACGAAAAUUAAUUGAACAACACGGAAGUGAAGAUGUGAACGGGACACACACGAACGAGUCGAAUGAAGAUUUAUAGAGAUCCAUGAUAUCUUCUACCAGUAAUGUCGUGGAAACGGAACGAAGAUGAAAGGAAUCGGACAGGAGGAACGGAUCGGAUCGGAUCAGAUCGGAAGAAAACUGGAUCACAUGCUAAUCAGAACCGCGUUAACCUCUAUUACAUUUAAUCGAAUGUAAUUGUACUAAAGCCUAUAAUGAUAGGGAUGAGAGAAAGAAAGAGAGAAAGAGAAUGCGAGUGAGAGAGAAAAAAAUAUAUACGUACUUUAAAAUGGCGGAUACACGUCCAUGAAAAUUAUAGCGCGGAUGUUUGAAAAUUAAUUGUAAAGUAGAGAAUGAAUGAGCCCAAUGAAAGCUUGUAAAGUGAUACAUAUAUACAUAUAAAUAUAUAAAUAUAUAAAUAUUAUAUACAUAUAUAUAUGUAUGAAGAAGAGCAGCGAAAAUGAACCAGAGAGACAGAGCGAAUGAUGAACGAACGAGUGCGAAAAUCGUGCGACGAAUAUAUAUUUACCGCGUGGAAAAGAAGAAAUAUACCUUUAGGGAAGCGUUUUAUUAUUUAUUCUCUUACGUCGUACACGCGUAGAGUCGUAGAGCGGUUAGUUUAAAAUAGUGGACGAAGGACGAUCGUCCAUCGUGUCUCUGUUUAGCGAGUAGAUCAGAAACGGUUUAGUGUUCUUUAGAGAGGAUCGAUCGUUUAGAUAGUUACUUUAUUUUUUUUUUUUUUAUUUUUAUUAAUUUCGACAAAUACCGCGGUGGCUCAGCCAGAGGGUUGCUUAAGGAAUCAAGAACGUGCCAAGUGUGAUUCUUCGUUGCCGGAAGAGCAAACGGAAAGAAAAAAGUGAAAAUCUUGCACACUACAUCUAAUUUAAUUAGUGAAAAACAGCGGAAGGAAAAAAAUGGACGAGGAAAAAAAUUCAGCGAGAUUCGAUCACUUUGUCGUGGAACCAGUGAAAUCUUAGUGUGUGCUAUGCAAUUCUUUAAAUUCCAGUGAUUUGUUUGGUGAUCGAUCGGAUCCAACAGUUUCGGCCAAUCGGGGAAAAGUUGUGAACAAAACUUGUCUUGUCCGUUAGUGUGCUCUGAACGAAAGGGAAAAGGACACACAGUGUUUCAGGAGUGAGGAGGCCUUCGGCGGAGCAGAAGUCAAAACCCACCUGACAUUUCUUCAUCACAGUGUCAUCGCAAGGUCAGUUAUAAAAAAAAAAAAAACAAAAACAAAAAAGUUUUCAUAUUUAUAAUUACACUUUCGUGUAUGUUCGUGUCCGAUCAGAUGUACACAUAUUUUUUGGCACUCUUCUUUUUUUUUCUCUUCUUGAUCACGUGUAUGUACACUGUCUGAAGAACGUGUCAAUGAAAGACCCUCUUAUAAUUUGUUCUCGUCGAGUGUACAGCUACGAAAUUACGGGUAUAUUGCAUCGCUGUAUAAUUACGCUCGCGCGAGUAUUAUCGUAAACCAAAAGUGUAUCGCGGCUACUCGAAAGAGAAGGACUAUCCAUUUAAUUUUUUGUACACAGUAUAUAUAAUAUUUAUCAUUCUGCCGAAGUAAAAUGCAUUUCAUAAUUCGUAUCAAAAUCUUUCGAUGUUUUGAUAGUCUGUCUUGGUAAUUAUUGUUUCAAGUACCUUUUCUUUUGAGGUAAGCCGUGUCGCGAAGCUGUGUUUCGAAACAGCAACCAAGAAAUCGUGCAACCGUGUUCGCUGCGUUUUUCUGUUUCCUUGUAAAUAUUCAAAGCAAUGACGAAACAAGAGAAAAAAAGAAGGGGCGACCCCGGUUAAAGAGAUCCUCGAUACAAACGACCAAAACCCGAGGAAUCUUGCGAGCGAGUGGUCAUUGAAAAUUUACUGCUGCUCCGCACGACACCAGGCCAAGUUACCAAGUGAUGUAAUUCGUAGCGUAUUUUUGGAAUAGGAUGCUUUCGGCAUGAAACCGCUUGGCACCUUAACACUAGCUCCACAGAGUAAAACUCUCUAUAGAAAAUUUUGUUUCACUAUUUAUGGUAUCUCUCCUUGCUCUGAAUUUGUUAUAAACAAUGGUUCAUUUAGAGACGUAGCAUUAUUCUAUUAACACUCUCAUGGCUAAAUUUCUACUAAUGAAUUGAAUUUCCUUUACUUAAGAAUUUCAUAAUUAACGCGUUGAAUACCAUGGGGAUCACUGGUGAUUGGUACUCGACUUGCAAGUGGCGCCAUGGGGGUUACUAGUGACCUAUAAUAAUAAAAUUGUAUCACAUAAUUUAAUAGAUGAAAAGUAAUCAUAAGGUAGAGUUGAGAAAUUAAAUUCAAAAAUUGAACAGUUGCCCUCCAUUUUCUUCAUCGUUUAACUCUUAAUCAUUCCAUUUAGUUAAAUUUCACCAGGGAAUUCCCAUGGUACUGGACGUGCCAACGCGUAUCACUAGUCAAUCUGUGAUUCCCCGUUCUUGUUUUCCCUUAGAUACUUAAAAAAAGUAACUUGAAUGCGUUUAGGGUGCCAAGCGGCGAACAAACGCGCACCAUCUGUCGGCCCGAUCAGUGAAGCUCGCGAUCUCGAUGACGGAUCAACGAUGCCGCGCGUCGAUCCUCACGUGGUCGCCGACGUCGUCGCAUCCCCUCCCGUAAGGGCCGACACGUCGGACAACUGCCGCGGCGAAUUCUUGUGCUGUGUUGUAAAACUUCAUAGAUCGACGUAAUUUAGUUUAUACACCUUGUAUACACGCAAUCUACGAUAUACGUAAAUAAACGAUAAUUAACGAAUACGUAAUUAUGUAUAAACGACGACAGAGACGAGGACGACGACGAAUGACUACGACGAGAAGAUGAAGUAUUUAGAGACAAAUGAAUAAAAAAAUAAAAAAAAAUUAUAUAGGUAUAUAUAUGUAUAUUAAGAAGUGAAUCUAAAGAUCUCACGGGUCCGAGGAAUACUUUCUUUGGACUCGUUCUCACAUUAACGAGAGAUAAACAAAGAAGUAAAAUGAUCAUGGAAAGAUAAAAAAAAAAGAAAUAAAUAAAAUGGGAGAAACAUAUAUGGAACUGAUAUACGUAAUACAUGGUCCAGCUCGCGCACGCGCAUCGAUUGAGCAUCAGCCGGCCUUUCUUUCUCGAGAGAUUUAUUUAUGUAUAACUUUUUGUCACGAGAAGCAACGAACUGUGAAAAACGGAAGAUCGUCGACGAUCGCUCGCUGUCUCUUGUGAACGGUUCUUCUUUUUCUUUUCUUUUUUUUAUUGUUUGGCGAGUGGGAGUAAGGAAGGGAAGCCCCGAAACCCGCACGUUUACGGUCAGGGGUCGUGAUUCUAAAUUGCUCGGGCAAAUUGGCGUCAAUUAAGCUCGAUAACCCGUCGAGGGGCUUCUUCGCCAUCGCUGUAGGUAUGGGUUUUCGUAAAAGUUUCAAGGAAAGAGGAACACCGACGAUAAAUAACGAACCAUCAUCGGUCCUCGUCUUGAUCUACUUAUCUUUUUUAUUCGUACACUGAGUCGGAAAAUAGUUUCAGUCAUAAAAGACUUAUCGUUUACAUUGAAAACCACUUUGGCAAGAAUUCAUGAAAAUUGAGGAUUAAUUUUGUUAUAAACACUUGCACCACUGUCGCCGAAAUAGUUACAUGGACAGCAGUCGUUUGGCACCAUACAAAAGUAAAAAUGAAAAUUAAUGAGAAACGAUUGAUUUCUGUAUCUAAAAAGACCCAUUGACAGCCGUGUAAGUGUUAAACAAACGGAAUGUACCUUGAUUUUCAUAUCUCCAUCGCACAUUCAUCGAACUGUCAACCAUGAGCAUUUUUAGUUCCACGUUUCCCCGUCAACGGCUCUGUCUGUCAAUGCAAAAUUAAUUCCUUCUUGUUCCUUCCAUUCAGAGAUCUAGAUUACGUAUCGCGUUGAUUAGUAAGCUUUCUCUUAUUCUCGUCUAGAAUCAAGGCCCUUGAAAUAUCGAUCACGAUUUAUAAAGAUCACAAUACAUCGAUUCACCUCACACGAUUCGGUGAUUUCCUAUUUUUGCAUGGUUUGCGGUUGGUAAGCAACGCACGCGUUAAUAUUCUGGCUACAUUAAUCAGCGAUACCAUCUAUGUAGGCCAGAUAUACCGAGGCGUAGGGUGCGGCUUUCGAGACAAAGGAAGUAUUUAUUGGCCUUGCAUCACACUACCGACCCGUUACGACACAAACUGGGGUCCACAGUGCGAGCAAAAUUUCACGCAUAAAUGCCUGUCUGACAAACUAUUUUCCAGACACUUUUCCUGACCACUAAGGGUUGGUAGCAUUAAUCUCUGUCAAAUGUUUGAUCAUUGAGCUUUAAUCUAACUGAAGUGUGAAGUUAAGGAUAAGCCUGUCUAUAAGUUGCCCUGAUUCAAAGCGGCUCACAGGAUAGUGAUGUCAGAAACGGUAACAUCUUUCAACAUUUCUUGAAUUCCAUUGCCACUAGUGCAAAUCAUUGCCGCCAGGGCAUGCUCUUGGACAGCGCUGACCUAGGGGUCCCUAGGGAGAGCCCCAUUCUUAGUUCAGUUCUUUGUGCAAUUCUGUUUCUAUAUGUAGUUGUGGACUAGGUUUAAGUAUAACUAUCCUUCUUGAACAACUCAGUCUGCCUUUAAUUCACACUCCAGUUAGGCUAUAACUCAGUGACUGUAGCUGAAUGUGUUUGACCAAUUGGUAAAAGGGCGUUCACAUUGUUAUGUCUCAAUUCGUGUAGCACGCACGUUCUCGGUAGAAAGUGCAAAUCGAUCUCGAUGAUUUUUCACCGAUUCAAGGUUCAAUUUAUUACGCAUAAAGCGAGAAAUUCAUUCGAUCGCGACUAGUGAAUUUAUCAUCGGUAUUUCUCUUACUAGCAAUCGUUCAUAACACACGAAGAAAAAAAAAUUAAUUGUGCAAUAAUCGCGUGGCUAACCACGAGGAGAAAAGUUUCGAACCGCGAGCGAUCGCCGUGAACACCAAUUCUAGCUUAAAAUGAAAAAAAAGAAAUUUUUGUAUCCAUUGGAUAGCGAGCUACUACUAAUAUAGAGUAAAUAUAUAUGUGUAUAAAUGCGGUGAAACUGACGAGGGAAAAUAAAAAAAGAGGAAAUUCCUAGCGUGAACUGGAAUGUGUAAAAUGCAAAAUUAUAUAUUUUAUCUUUACUCUUAUAUAGUCGCGUAAAAAUUUACGGAUAUAUACGUAAUUUGAAAAGAGAAACAAAAGCAAAAGUGGACAAGCGAGUAACGUGAUUGUAUGUAGAGUUAAAAGCGACGAAGAGAGGAAGUGGAAUUGUUUAAGAGAAAGAGGGAAGUGAACAACAAGAACAAUAGUGCGUAUGUACGAAGUGAGUCACUAAGAUAGCGUUUAAUCGAUAAGGUUUACGACUAAAGCCUAAGUCUUAAGAUGAUAAUUAAAUAGAAUUAAGGAAACGGGCAUGUCGGUUGCAGCGGGCGGGGACGGUGGUUACAAAAAAGAAGUAAAAGACAUUUAAUCUAAUCUAAUUCACCACAAAUGAUAAAAUGGGUAACGCGCAAUUAAAUAAUUAAAACAUUCGUGGGGUUUGCGAUCAUGUAUAUAGUCAAUGUGUCUAUUUGGGGAGCUCGCAAACACCACUUAUGAAAUCUACAUUAAACACGAUAGUAAGUCCUAAUAAAAAUGAUCUCUGCAGAUGGGGAAACCCUCUUUAUGAAUAUUUAUUAAUUUAUAUGCUGUUUUAAUGCACUUGCCAGGUUGAUUCAUGUCUCUGACAGUCUACCAGAAUACCAAUUGUGUAAAUUAACAUAUGUCAUAAUUGGCAAACAAUAAAACCACGUCCUCGCACGCCCAUGCGCCGAAGAGUUCCUGACUGCCUGUCACUCUCCAGACAGGUGUCGCUAGUUUCGUAUACACCUUUCUAGGUACUGUAUAUCUUACCUAAAUACGUAAAGAAAAGAAGAAGAAAGGAACAGUAGUCCAUCGCCUCUCUACUUUCAGUCAACGCGAUCAUCCAUCGCUCGGAAUACUGUAACUUAAAAAUCUCCAUUAUGUCCUACAAGUCGAUUAGCCGUCUUUUUUACAAUACGAAAGAAGAUAUAUAUUAAAAAGUGAGCAAAAAGGAUUAAAAACGAUCUACAAUUUCAUAUCGAUAGAAUGGAAGAAAAUUUUGCUAUACGUUUAAUAAGGUCACAGGUGCCGCAAUGUCCAUACGUAACUUUGUUCACUAUUUUUGAUUGGUUUUGUUUUUGAAAACGAUCUCUUCCGUCUGAGACAUACAUAGAAACACUCAUGUUUUCGCGUAGUAUCAUUUACAUAAAAGGAAGAAAGCAGUAUCCGAAAGCCUCCUUUGUUUAGGUGUAGCGUUAAAUCGUCCGGUCAUUGCACAUCCGUUGCAUUUGUAAAUACACCAGCGUAAAUUGCUUUUUCAAAGUGCAGUCGUCAUUGUUACACACACUUCUUCAAAUUCGACAAGAGUUUCUUACAAUUAGAUAAUGUUCCGCCUCUGUGAAGACUGAUACCCUACAAUAACGCAUCCUUAUAGUUCGUUUAUUGUAAUGAGUUUGUAAAUUCGAAACCAAGAAUAUGUACUUUGUACUUUAGAAAUUCUAUCGGGUCGGAAACAAUAGUACUUAUUUAAAAUUUGCUACCAUUUUCCUUGAAAAAUGAAUGUCUCGCGCCACGGAUUGCGCUGUUACAGGAGAGGAAGCAUUGUAAAUAAUUGCCUCAAAAUAGCGUGGAAAGUUUUUUUUAUCGGCGGGGCAAUGUGAAAGGCGACGUCUGACGUCGCGGCAUCGAAUCGCGAACCGCGACCGCUGUAUACGAUACCGCGUAGGUAAAGUAGGUACCUGUUUAAUAGACUAAAAGAAGAUUACAAAGUAACGGUAGCAGAGAAUUAAUUAAUUACUAUUUAUUGAUACGGUACUGUAAUAAUAUACGAACAAAAAAUCGUCGCUUAGGGACGAUUUCGACCCUUAUGUAAGAGGUUCGAUUGUCCUGUAACCGUGACGAGAAGAUAGAAUAAAAGGAUGACAAUAUUUAUUAAGAGCCGCAACGUUGUCGUCACCAAUACGUAGUACUUGUGAUUAAAAUUAGGUUUUUAACCUGAUUAUUUAUUUAUUUAUUUAUUUAUUUAGUACUUCUACUUUCUUAUUUUUUACGCAUUGAUAAAUUCGAUUUUGAAAAUUUUUGACCCAAGUUACUAAGAAGUUCAAAUUCACUUUUUUCCACCCUAUUUUGGUUGUACACUCAAGUCAUCAGUGCUACGUGAACACAUUGCCCCCGGCCGAACCGGUGGAACAUCCCUUCACACACACACAAAGACCGGAUACAAGAACACAUUCGUUCAAAGCGGUUACGCGAUGCGGAAGAAUGAAGAAAAAGAAAAAAAGAAGUAACACGUUUAGAUAGAGGUGUGCCUAGCCAGGUCGAAAAAUGACGUAGGCUACACACACCACUUAACCGAAGUAUAUAAGCGGAAACAGAAGAUAUAAAUAAAUGAAUCUAUAUAAAUAAAUAUAAAUAUGAAAUAUAAAUAUAAAUAUAAUAGUAUUACGAAUUAUGAUAAACGUAUAUAAUUAUUUUGUAGUGUCCCGCAUUAUGUAAACUAAAUGUACACAUGAGGAGAAAAAGAAAAUGAAGUAUGUCAGCAAACGAUCAUGAUGAUGAUGAUAAUGAUGGCGACGAUGAUGACGAUUUAGGAUAAUAACGAUACGAUAUUUGCAAUGACAAACGAUAUGCACCGCGAUUGAGCUAUGUAUUAUGAGUAAUGACGACGACGACAAAGACAAUGACGAUGACGAUGGGAAAAAACGAUAAUAGUAUUAUAACGCUAUCAUGUCGACAAGUCUAAACCGUAUUGUAUUAUAUUAUAUAAGAGUCUGUCCAUAUUAAUAAUAAUAAUUAUAUUAAUUAUAAUAGCUGUGUUUGAAAACGAGAAAUAAAUUGUGGUUGAAUAUGAAAA